AUGGCGGCGACUUCAUCCCAAACACAAAACAACAAUAACAACAACGUAAUGCCAUCCACAUCCGCAUUUACCACAAUCGCAGUGAAAACGAAGGACAUUGAUGCCGUUGAGGGUAAAUCAGUGUCCCUCCCCUGCCCCAUUGCCGAACCACUGCAUGAUGUUUAUAUGGUCUUAUGGUUUCGUGAUAAUGCCGGCAUACCUUUAUAUAGCUUCGAUGUGCGCGAUAAUAUGGCCCUAGAGCAACCCCGACACUGGUCAGCUCCGGAAGUCUUUGGCUCACGUGCCAAAUUCCAUUUUGACUCGCAGCCAGCCACAUUGGAAAUUAAGCGUCAUGAUCAAGGCAUUUACCGUUGCCGUGUGGAUUUUCGCACAGCUCAAACGCAAAGCUUCCGUUUCAAUUUGUCUGUAAUAAUACUUCCGGAGCAGCCCAUCAUACUGGACCGUUGGGGUCGUCAGCUGAAUGGCACACAAUUGGGUCCUAAGCAGGAGGGAGACGAUAUUGUUAUCACUUGUCGUGUGGUGGGUGGUCGUCCACAACCGCAGGUACGCUGGCUCGUAAAUGGACUACUUGUCGACAAUCAAAACGAGCACAAUUCCGGUGAUGUUAUCGAGAAUCGACUGUUGUGGCCAUCGGUGCAGCGUAACGAUUUAAAUUCCGUAUUCACAUGUCAAGCAUUGAAUACGCAAUUAGAUAAGCCCAAGGAGAAGAGCUUCAUACUGGAUAUGCACUUGAAACCAUUGACUGUUAAUAUACUGGACCCCCCCAGCUCAAUGAUUGCCGAUCGUCGUUACGAAGUCACCUGCGAGUCGUCCGGUUCACGUCCCAAUGCCAUCAUCACGUGGUACAAGGGAAAGCGUCAAUUGCGACGCACAAAGGACGACAUAUCAAAGAACUCGACACGCUCGGAGCUGAGCUUUGUGCCCACCACAGACGACGAUGGCAAAUCGAUAACAUGCCGUGCGGAAAAUCCAAAUGUGAAUGGCCUUUAUUUGGAGACCAUGUGGAAAUUGAAUGUCGUUUAUCCUCCGCUGGUUACGUUGCGUCUGGGCUCCACCUUGACACCGGAUGAUAUCAAGGAAGGCGAUGAUGUUUACUUCGAGUGUCACGUACAAUCGAAUCCUCAAUGGCGGAAACUGUUGUGGUUACAUAAUGGCAUACACUUGGAGCACAAUACCUCGGCCCGUGUCAUCCGCUCGAAUCAGAGUCUCGUGCUCCAGAAGAUCACCAAACACUAUGCGGGCAAUUAUGCGUGCAGUGCAAUUAACGAUGAGGGCGAAACGGUCAGCAAUCAGUUGCCGCUGCGGGUCAAAUACACUCCCGUUUGCAAGCACACGGAUCGCGUUAUACUAAUUGGUGCCUCCAAGGAUGAGACUGUUGAGGUUGUUUGCGAGAUACAAGCGGACCCUCCGCCACGGUGAGUACAAACAAAAAACUCCGCACUUCGCACUCUGCAAUCCCCUCCCCUUGUCCCUUUUGGUGCAGAUUAUGGCACGCUCUCCUGCUGGGCGGCCAACGAGGUGGGAACUCAGCAACAGCCCUGUCUCUUUCAAGUGGUUCUGGCGGCUUUACCCAAUGCCGUCAACAAUUGCAGCAUCUUCAAUCGGACGGAGCUCAGUGUGGACAUACAAUGCAUUCCAGGUUACGAUGGAGGUCUGCCUCAAAUAUUUGUCCUCGAAAUGUUUUCAUCACGCACCGGUGUUACCAGAUUCAAUCUGAGCAAUGCGGAGGAGGCGCUCUUCUCGUUGGAGAAUCUGGACACGCUCACUUCCAUGAUGAUGCAGGAGAAUAAUUCGUUGAGGCUACGCAUUUAUUCCUACAAUCAAAAGGGACGCAGUGCGGCAUAUAUGUUGCCCGAUUUCAUAAUUGGCUCAACAGCUUACAAGACAGACGACGAUGUAACACUGACACUGUCCCCGGUGAUUGUUGGCAGCGUUUUGACCAUCAUAAUUAUUGGAGUGGCCAUCGCGAUACGGAUAUUUGUGGUAACAUUUGUCCACAAUUUGCGACGCAAUCGCCAACAUGGCAACAAGGCGACGGUUGCGGGAGUGGUCGCCCAAUCAGGCGAUGUCUUCAAGAGCGGCAACCUGGAGAAACCACGCUGGCAACAUACGGAUAUAAAAACGAAAUCAUCAGAGGAUUUGGUUGAAGAUGAACGUGAUCCAGAUGUAAUACCCUCACAAUAUGUUGGUGGCAGCAGCGCCGGCAGCAGUGGCAGCAAUGCCUCCAAUGUGGGCAGUACCACUGCGGGCACAGCCACCGGUAGCAGCACCUCCACAGCGGUUGCCACCGCUGCUCCCGCGGACCGCGAUGCGCCUCAGUUUGUAGCUGCCGCGACGCCCUCUGGCGUUGGAGUCGUUGGAAGCGUUUCCAAGUGGUCACCCAAUGGCAAUGCACCGGCCAUGACGACGACUACGACGCUGUCCAGUGAUCCGGCGAAUCCGCCGGUCACCUACAAUCACAUAAAUGCGCAGCGGGCGCAGCUGUUGGCCGCCGUGGCAGCAGCUGGCGGUGGAUGCAGCAGCACUGUCAUCUCGCCCAGCAGCAGUAUUAUAGGAAGCCUCGGUGGCGGGGCGAAGCAACUGCCCCUGGGCAUGGGCGGCACCAUCAUCGGGUCGCCGACGUCGCUUUCCUCGACGGCGACAAUCGCGGCACAUCUUCAGCCGGCGCACAGCAGUGGAGUGGGCACACUUCCGCCUGGUCUGGGCAGUGGUGGUGGUUAUAUAUUGAAUGCCUAUUCCAGUGGUCGACUGCAUCACCCGCUGCAGCAGGCAGGUGGCUCUGGUGUGGGACACACGGCCACAUUGAAUCGUCAUCAUCACCAUCAUCAUCAUCAGCACCAGCAACAGCAGCAGCAACAACAGCAUCAUCAGCCCGGCUCUGGGUCAAGUCUCUUGCUGGGCAGCAUGGGCAGUGUAAUGGGCGUGGGCGUGACUUCGACAACAACCACCUCGUGCAACUCAUCACAGGACUUGGAUGACAACAUCAACAUAAAUGCCAUCAAAGAUUGCCUCAUGACGCAACGUGUCCCAGAAAGUUGCGUCUAAAUGGAGUAUAAAGUAUAAAGUAGAUAUCUUGAGGCUAGACAUAGACCCAUG